AUUAUUUGUCGAACGAUCUCCAACAUUGUUGUCUAACUGUCAAAGUGUCAAUGAAAAUGUCAAAUUAAAACAACAACAACAAAAACCACUCAAGCUAAUUUAUUUCCAUUUUUCUCCUUAGAAUUGAUCUUGAAACAUAAAAAUUUCGGGAAAAGAAUAGGAUAUGCAAACAAUUUCGAAGACAAGUUGAAUAAAAUAAGAAACCAAAAAACCAAAGAGAGAGAGGAGAGGAUAAUCAAUGGAUGGAAAAACUUCGAUAUAUCCCGAUGCUGCCACCGUAUUUGCUGGAGUGUGUGCUUGCUUUUUUACCGUUGUUGGGGUCUGUGGCAAUCUCAUAACCAUUUUGGCCUUGGUGAACUCACCCAAGAUACGUGGCCAUGCCACAACAGCCUUUGUCCUGUCUCUGUGUAUUUCGGAUCUGCUUUUCUGUUCGUUUAGUUUGCCGCUGACAGCGGUUCGUUUUUUCGCCCAGAAAUGGACACUGGGCGAUGAUUUGUGUCGUAUCUUUCCGGUGAUCUUCUAUGGCAAUGUGGCCGUGUCGCUGCUGAGCAUGGUGUGCAUUACCAUCAACCGAUAUAUCCUGAUCGGUUGCCAUAAUAUCUAUGGACGUUUGUAUAGGCGCCAGUGGAUUAUUGUCCAAUUGGCCUGUGUUUGGUUUGUGUCGUUUUUGCUGUUGUUGCCACCCUAUCUGGGGGUGUGGGGUGAAAUGGGUCUGGACGAGGUAACCUUCUCCUGUACGAUACUCAAGAAAAAUGGGCGUUCGAUUAAAAAGCCCCUAUUCCUGUUGGGAUUUCUUCUGCCCUGCCUGGUGAUCAUUGCCUCCUACAGCUGUAUCUACAUCAAGGUGUUACAACAAAAACGGAAAAUGAAAUGUCAUCGCCAGUUUGUGAUAAAUUCUAGCAAUGCUGAAAAUCUGGCGAGUGAUACGCGAAAAGAUCGGGAAGACAGUCGCCUAACGUUGAUGAUGAUGACGAUAUUUGUGUGCUUCCUAAUCUGCUUUCUGCCCCUGAUGUUGGCAAAUGUGGUCGAUGAUGAACGCAAAACCUCCUACCCCUGGCUGCACAUUGUGGCCUCGGUAAUGGCCUGGGCCUCGAGUGUCAUAAAUCCCAUUAUAUAUGCUGCCAGUAAUCGAAAUUAUCGCAUUGCUUAUAUGCGACUAUUUAGACGGGUGAAAUUUUGGAAUCACGACGUCGUCUCAACAAUGCCCAGUAAAACAAAACAUUCAAAGGAAUUAUCGGGGCCUGCCCGUAGCACUCCACCUGCCCUGCUCUGUGGCACUGGAAAUCGUGACAACAGAACGGAACAUUUUCCAACCUAUUCAGUUUAAGUGCCCCCCCACCACCCGAGAGGGGCAACAUCGUAAUUUAUAUACCUACAUGCGAACGAAAGAACGAGUCAUUUUGAG